CGUCCAACGAUCCAGCUUCAAACACUCCCGAGUUAUAGGCAACCUCGUAAGUCACAACUUUCACCCUCUCUCUCUCUCUCUCUCUCUCUCUCUCCCCCCAUUCACCUUGUAGAAUUCUCCAAACGCAUUGAAAAGCCAAUAACAGAGUGGGAGAGCGAGUUUUUGCGUGUUUCAAUGGCGAGUUACAAGUACAAGAUGUUGGGGUUCAGUAGGAAGUUCAAAAUGAACGAGGUGGGCCCACCGGCCGACGUGAAGAAAGCGUUCUCGAAGUUCGCCGAGGGUGGCGACCACAUGUCCGCCGACCAGCUCCGUCGCUUUCUAGUGGAGCACCAGGGCGACAUGGACAGCACCGUGGCCGAUGCGGACCGAAUCAUAGAGCAGGUUCUACAUGAACGCCGCGAUGCGAGCGAAGGCCUUUCCCUCUCCGAUUUCUUUCAUUUUCUGUUUCACAGUGAUCUCAACGGCCCCAUCAAAUCUCAGGUACACCAUGAUAUGACUGCUCCAUUGUCACAUUAUUUCAUAUACACAGGGCACAAUUCCUAUUUGACAGGGAAUCAACUCAGCAGUGAUUGUAGUGACGCACCAAUCAUAAAGGCAUUGCAGAGGGGUGUGCGAGUAAUUGAACUUGAUAUAUGGCCAAAUUCUACAAAAGAUGACGUCCUUGUUCUUCAUGGAAGGACCUUGACCACUCCUGUGAAGCUCCUCAAAUGUUUGCAGUCCAUUAAAGAGUACGCUUUUGUUAAAUCUCAAUACCCUGUCAUUAUAACUUUAGAAGACCACCUUACCCCUAACCUUCAGGCCAAAGUUGCGGAGAUGCUCAUUCAAAUAUUUGGAGAAAUGCUGUAUUAUCCCCAGGCAGAAUGCUUAGCUGAAUUACCAUCACCAGAAUCAUUAAAACAUCGAAUUGUUAUUUCUACCAAACCGCCAAAAGAAUACCUGGAAUCUAAGGAUAGCAAGGAUAAGGAAAGUAUCUUGACUGGUGAAAGGGCAUCUGGAGGGGAAACACCAGGUUUUAUGGCUGAGCAAGAAUUUGAAUCUCAAAGCAUGCUUAUUUACAUCAACUCUUUUGAUGUAUGGCAGAGUGACAGCGAUCAAGAUGAUGAAGAAAUUAGUGCGUGUGAUCACAAAUCAGGCCAACGAGGAGCACCAGAAUACAAAUGCUUGAUUUCAAUCCAUUCUGGGAAACCAAAGGGUAGUUUAAAGAACGCAUUAGAAGUUGUAGCUAACAAAGUUAGACGUCUUAGUUUGAGUGAACAAGCACUUGAGAAGGCUGCCACAAAUCAUGGCACUGAUGUUGUAAGGUUCACACAGAAACAUGUACUAAGAGUAUACCCUAAAGGAACGCGUUUCACCUCCUCUAAUUACAAGCCACAUGUUGGGUGGAUGCAUGGGGCCCAGAUGGUUGCGUUUAAUAUGCAGGGAUAUGGCAAAUUGCUUUGGUCAAUGCAAGGGAUGUUCCGAACCAAUGGAGAGUGUGGUUAUGUGAAAAAACCUGAUUUUCUGAUGCAGAAGGGUCCACAUGAUGAGGUGUUCGAUCCUAAAAUAACCUUGCUAGUGAAGAAGACAUUAGAGGUGAAAGUCUAUAUGGGAGAUGGAUGGCACUUGGAUUUUAGCCAAACACACUUUGACUCAUUUUCUCCUCCGGAUUUCUAUACAAAGGUUCGCAUUGUUGGGGUGCCGGCUGAUGUUACCAAGAAGAAAACGAGGAUAAUCGAGGAUGAUUGGGCUCCUUUUUGGGAUGAAGAAUUCAAAUUCCCUUUGACAGUUCCUGAGCUCGCCCUGCUUCAGAUUGAAGUACGCGAGUAUGAUAGGUCUGAGAAGGAUGACUUUGGAGGGCAGACAUGUUUGCCUGUCUCGGAACUAAGACCGGGGAUUCAUGCUGUCCCACUUUAUGACAAAAAGGGAGAGAAACUAAAAUCUGUGAAGCUUCUAAUGCAGUUUCAGUUUGUUUAGGAUUUCGGAUGUCAUUCAUCCCGGACAGAUGGUCUUGCUACGAGUCCAUGUUACAUUUUUACAGGGUUUCAUUCUUGGAUUAGAGACCUCCACCCAUUGGGAAUCAAGGCCUUUUUAAACAAGAUGCUUUCUCUAUUGUCGUACUAAUUUAAUUUAUACAUUAAAGAAAUAUUAAAAGAAGGUUGGGG